AUGGGAGACGUAGACACCACUGCUGAUGCGCCUCUCAAGCUGAGCGCGCCCGCCCCUCACCCGGACCUUCUCCUGGGUCAAUCCAUCGAGGUCGACCUCGGUAAUCUCACCGGCUACGAUUACCAGCCCCAGGACCUCUCCGCCUUCUCUGAGAAGGGCACGAAGGCCUACUUGGACGAGACGGGCCGCGAUGCGGUGCAGCUCCUGUUCAACAAACUGCUGGGCCUCCCCACCCACCGCACGCAGGAGGGCGACGUGCUCGCGCAGCUGCCGCGCCCCACCACCCCUCUCCCCCGCGAGAAGCACAUCCCCAAGCCCAAGCCGAAGACCAAGUGGGAGCAGUUCGCUGCCACGAAGGGCAUACAGAAGCGCAAGAAGAACAAGCUCGAAUGGGACGAGACGCACCAGGACUGGCGGCGCGCUCACGGCUACCAGCGGGCCAACAGGUCCGAGGAGUCCAACUGGGUGGUGGAGGUGAAGGGCAACGAGGCCAACCCGCACGACGACCCGUUCGCCAAGGUGGAGAAGGAGAAGAAGGAUCGGGUCAAGAAGCAGAGGCAGAACGAGAUGCGAAACAUGGCCGCCUUCGCCAAGGCCGACGAGAAGAAGAAGGGUCUGGCGGGUUCGAUCCAGCACGUGAACAAGUCGACGGCGUCGCUGGGCAAGUUCAACGAGCGGCUGCCGGGCGAGCAGAAGGACCAGUACCAGCGCGGCAAGAGGAAGUUCGACGACCUGGCCUCGAGCGGCGGCCUGGCGAACGAAAAGGAGCGGGGGAUGAGCGUGCUCAACAAGAUCCUGGGCAAGGAGACGGCCGAGCUCAACACGGACCGAGCCGCCAAGCUGGCCCUGCCGCACGAGGCCAAGAAGCAGAAGAUGGCCGACCGAAAGGCCGCCAAGGGCUCCGGCAAGGGCAAGGGCGGCGGCAAGGGCCGAAAGAUGAGCAAGAAGUGA